AUGGGUGGCCACGCUUUCCCCUCCGCUCACACGCCACGCAUGCCUGAGAAUGUCUAUCGCAGCGUGCUUGAGCACGUUGAGUCUAGACUCAAGGAGCACUUUGAGCAUGUAGGACAUGCCAUUGAAGGCCCAGAAAAAUUCACUCACGGUGACAUCGAUGUAUUUGUUGCCACUCCUAUCAAUCCCAGCCAUCUCUUGAAACCACCAGGUGGUCAAUUUCUUGCCGAUAUCAUACAAGGCAAGCAGUUCAGCAAACCUUCAGGGGGCUCGAGCGUCAGUAUUCUGAUCGAUUGGCCCGAGGAGUUUGCUUCUGAGAUCCCGACAUUGAAUGAUGAUGAAGAGCCACAAGACUCGACGGGUAACACGAAAUCUGCUCACAUUCAAGUUGAUCUGACAAUCUGCUCCAACUCUACCGGCUUGGAAUGGCUGCUCUUUCUACAUGCACACGGCGAUUUGUGGGCCAUGCUUGGUGGAAUCAUUCGUCGACUUGGCCUCACCAAUUCUCACAAGGGACUUGCCAUCCGCAUCGAAGAAACAGAGGGAUACAACAAAGAACGAAGUCGCGUUACUAUGACCAAUGAUCCCUACCAAGUAUUGCGAUUCCUCGGCCUGAACAUUGAGCGCUACUUCAAGCCUUUCAGCACCUUGGAUGAAAUGAUGUCCUAUGUUACUACAUGCCGCUUUCACGACCCCAGGCGAGGGGCUGGGAAACCGCGCGAGGGCCUUAAAUCCAACGAAAGACAACGAGCCAACAAACGUGCUGCUUACACUUACUGGGUCGACGAGUAUCUCCCGGCACAUCAGAAUGACCCUUGCCGGCGCGACGCACACAAGACUCGUGACGAAGUCAUCGAAAUAGCCACCCGAUUCUUCGACCUCGAAUUCACAACUCGGUACGACGAGCAGAAGAAGAAAAUCGUCCACGAAUUCCGCGCUAGCAACAUGUGGUCCGAGAUUCGCAAAUCUAUCCCCACAACUGGCAACGAGUUAGGCCGUGCAAUGAAAGGUCUCAAAGCCGUGAUCCUCGCCACUAACAGUGAAGUUUCCCCGGGCGGCGACGACGAGCUGCAGAAGGAGCUGUAUGAAGUUCGCAUCGCGUUUCUGGAAGGUCGGUUCGACGAGGUCCAGGCGUGGAGCAGCAAGAACUGGCGACUGGUUGGGGGGAAGCAGACCACUCUGGAAGGAAUUGUCCCGCGGACAAGCCUGAAGAAUGCGCAUGUGGAAUUGAAGACCCAUGGCUUGCCUAUCGGAGGAGAUGUCAUGCGGGCUGCUGCAUGA